AUAUAUAUUUAUAUAUGAUAGGGCAGGCCAAGGCAACUAACUAUACCAACACACUAUUAUUGUGGAAGGGUUUUGGUUAGUACUAUAUAUAUAUAUACCAAAGGAAGACUAGCCUGUGUUAUUUUGUUUGACAAGUGUAUAAUUAAUGGAGUCUUGUGUGAUGAUGAUGAGCCCUAAUAAUGGAACAAAGAAGAAGGUACUUGUUUGUGAUCAUGAAAGUUCAGAGUCAGAGUCUCAAUUAUUAAAUGGGGAGUCUGCUUUUGAACAUAUUCCUCUUGUUCCUGAAACCCCAACCUAUGCGGUAAUGGCUGCUUAUAGCAAAGAUACCAACCCUUUAAAACUCAAUUUAGGGAGUGGAGUUUAUAGAACAGAGGAUGGAAAACCUUUCGUUUUCGACGUAGUAAAUCGAGCCGAGCAGCUUCUACUCAAUGACCCGUGUGUGGUUAAAGAAUAUGUACCUAUAACUGGAAUACCUGAAUUCAAUGAGUUGAGCGCUAACCUCAUUUUGGGUGCUGACAGCCCUGCUAUUAAAGAAAAUAGAGUGACCACCGUUCAAUGCGUGGCUGGUUGUGGCGCACUGAGAGUUGGAGCUGAAUUUUUGGCACAACAUUACACCAAAAAGAUGGUAUAUAUUCCUAAACAAACGUAUAGCAACCACCCAAAUUUUUUCUCUACGGUGGGUAUGGCUGUGAAGACCUAUCGUUACUACGACCCAGCAACAAAUGGAUUGGACUUUCAAGGUUUGUUGGAAGACCUUUCAUUUGUGCCAAGUGGGGCAACUGUGCUUUUCCACGCAAGUGGUCAUAACCCAACUGGGGUUGAUCCAACCAUUCAUCAGUGGGACCAAAUACGACACUUAAUUAGAUCAAAAGGCCUAUUACCUUUUUUUGAUUCUGCUUAUCAGGGUUUAGUUAGUGGAAGCCUGGAAGAAGAUGCAGAAUCUGUAAGGUUAUUCGUUGGUGAUGGUGGUGAGUGUCUUAUUGCUCAAACAUAUUCAAAGAUCAUGGGUCUUUAUCCAGAACGUGUUGGUGCUCUUACCAUUGUGUGUAAGACAGCAAAAGUGGCUAGCAAUGUGGAGAGCCAGCUGAAACUUGUGAUUAGGCCCAUGUAUUCUAGCCCACCUAUUCAUGGGGCUUCUAUAGUCACCACUAUCCUAAAGAACAGGGAUAUGUAUAAUGAGUGGAGUAAUGAGUUGAAGAAAACUACUGCUCGCCUUAUCUGUUUGCGCCAAAAACUUGUUCAUACUUUGCAUGAAAAAGGCACACCUGGUAAUUGGAACCACAUAAUCGAACAAGUGGGAAUGUACUCUCUUACAGGCUUAAAUCCAGAUCAAGUCGAAUUCAUGACUAAAGAGUACCAUAUCUAUACAUCUUCAGAUGGGAGAAUUAACAUGGCUGGUCUGGGCUUCAAAACUGUUGCUUACCUGGCAGAGGCAAUUCAUGCAGCUAUUACUCAUGUCAUCUAAAUUAAUUAAUAACUACAUCCUUAUUAAUUAAUCCAUAUCUUAUCUUUGGAUUAAUUAUUUAUGUUGCAUGUACGUAUAUAUGUACAUCGAUCAGUACGUAGUUUUUAUUUUAUUUUGUGUCUUCAUCUUUUUCCAAAUAAUGAAUAUUAUGUACCAGUCUAUAAUGCUUAAUUAUAUUCGACCUUCCGUUUUAGUUA